AUGUGUGGUUCAGAUAUCUUUCUAGCAAUUCUCGCUGUUUUCUUCCCCCCAGUUUCGGUGUGGAUCAAAGUAGGCAUUUGCACGGCCGAUUCCAUCAUCAACCUUGCUCUCUGCUGCCUUGGCUACGUGCCUGGGCUUUUACACGCCUGGUACAUUAUACUCAAGUACCCCGAACCAGAUUAUGAUGACCCUAGCUAUGAGCCUCUUCCUGGCGAUGCGGAAAACGGUCGCGUAACAUAUUACUAUGUUUCCCACCAACCGAUCCAGCACCCCUCCCAGAGGGGCUAUGGUACAAUGCCGCCACAACAGCCCCAAGCAGCAAACGCCCCGCCACAGAACCGGCAACCUACCCCGAAUCACCCUCAUGAACAAGCCCAAGCUGGCAGCAGCAGCCAGGACCACCCGGAUAGUCGCCCACCUCCUACCUAUGCUGAGGCCGUGAAGGGAGAUCAUAAAGUGCAGGACUGA